ACAUAUCAGCAGAAGAAAGAGACUAAAUAAUGGAAGAUUUAAAAAAAAACCCAGCAAAUAAUAAAUGUAUAGAUUGUGCUAGAAAAAAUCCAACUUGGGCAUCUUGUUAUUUCGGAAUAUUUAUUUGCUAUGAUUGUUCUUCAAAACAUAGAGGUUAUACACCUACAUUUAGUUUUGUUAGAUCAAUAGAUUUAGAUUAAUGGAACCGUAAAUAAAUAUUAUGUAUGUAAAAUGGCGGAAAUGAUAAUGCCUUAGAAUAUUUGAAAAAAAACGGCAUAGUAUCAGACCAAAAUAAGAAUAUAGACUACAAAUAGGCAAUCGUAUAGAAAUAUAAGAAUGAAUUAGUAAGAAAAGUUGAAGCAUUAUUGCCAAAAAUUUAAUAAUAAGAGAAUAUUAUUAUAUAAUAAUAAGAUAUAUAAAACGAAAAAAAAUACAAGAAGAAAAAUAAUAAAUCGAAGAAGAAAAAUAUAGAAGAAAAUAAAUUUUAGAAUAACAUCACAAAUGCAGCAAACAUAUAAACAUAAAAAAUUACUUUCUCAAAGUAAAGAAAAAUAAUAAUAAUAAAAAUAAUAAUAAAAAAAAAAAGUAUAAAAGAAACUAAAGUUGGAAAAAAGGGAGUAAAAGCAUAAAAAAUAGAUGAUUUUGAUUUUGAUAAACUAGUAAUUGAUGAUGGAUUAGGCUCAAAUAAUGGAGAUGGAUCAAAAAAUACAUAGCAAAAUAGUUCUCCUUAAAUAUUAAAUAAUAAUUUUGAGGAAUAAUAAAAAACUAAAGUUAUUUAUUAAAAUAACUAUAAUAAUGAAGGAAAUAGUUAAUAAGAAAAAUUAAAUAAAUUAAAAUAAUAAUAAAAUGUAAAAUCUAUAUCAAGUUAAUAAUUCGGAUCAUAAAAUAAGUAAUAUAUAUAUAUAUAUAUAUAUAUAUAUAUUUUUAUUUUAUUUUUUUAAAAAAAAAGUGAAAAUAAUUUUGGUAAUUUUUAAAAAUUCUAAAAUACAAAUUCUAUUUCAAGUAAAUAGUUCUAUGGAGAACCGGAAGAUAAUUAUAAUGAAUAAGAAGGAGAUUAAAGUAUAUUAUAAUUUUCUUUUUUCGUUUUAAAAUAUAUUUUUAUUUAUAUUUUAUAUUAUUAUUAUAUAUAUAUAUAUAUAUAUAUAUAUAUAUAUAUAUAUAUAUAUAUAUAUAUAUAUAUAUAUAUAGAAUUAGAAGUUGUAAAAAAUAUGAUUUUUAAAGCAAAAGAUAACUUUGAUUCUUUAAAAGAAAAAGCUUAAAAUUAUUUUAAUAAUUGGAAAUGA